CGUUUGUAGUGAUGGAGACUUCCCUGGGGAUGAAGACUUCCCUCGGAUUGCAACCUCUAAGCCAAACAUUUUGUCUACCACAAACCCCAGAAAUCCCCAAGUCUUGUAAUGGCAGCAAUAUCCAGAUGCUUGACAGCAACCCACCACCUGAGCUUGGGGACAUUUCAAUGGCAGCUCCAGCCCGGAGUCCUAGUAUUUACCUGGCACUGCCCCCAGCUCCAAGCCAGGAACAGAAAGAGAAUAGGAAUUUGGAGGACAUGAAAACCAUGCUUUCAAAGCCUCUGGAUGCUUACCAGAUCCCAACAGAAAACCAAGAUCCUCCACUGCUCCCUUUAGAAACCCCCGACAUUCCCCAGCUCCUGGCCUGCUUUGAUCCCCUUGGCCAGGAGGAGCAGCCUGGUUGGGAAAACGCUGGUCUGGGAAAGAACAGCCUGAGUCUUAAGGACCAAGGGACACUCGAAAAUGGGACUGUACCCAAUGAUGGCUUUGCAGACAUCGCUACACUGGUGGAGGAUAUUCACCUUCCAGUGGUCCUAAAUUCCUUGGAUGCACUUGAUCAAUCCAAAGGUCCCAAGGUGAUCCAAACCAAAGAUACCAGAGCCAUCAAUUUGAACAAGGUGCAGAAAACAAGUGUCAUUAAUGCUCCCUCUGAUCAAGACAGGAAGAAUAAACAUGAAGCCUCUGAGCUGAUCAGUGGUGCUCCCAUAGUCAAAAUCCAGCCUGAGAGCCCAGAUGGCAUGUUCGUGGGAGAAGUGGCUGUUUCCAAUGCUGCAGCCAGUGACAGAGCUCCUGAAAACAGGGCCAAGAAUUCUAACAAACCUCAGAAAGCUGCCCCCAGCAGGACCAGCAAAACCAAGAGCCAUGGGCAAGAAAAGGCCAAAAGAACCAGAGAAAACAACCCCAAGAAAACUGAAGAGAGUAAGCAGUCAGGGAACAAAGUCAAGGCAGAGGAGAAGCCAAACAUUCCAAAGAUGAAAUGGAAGAAAAACCAACCUCAGCUGACCCAAGAGACCUUCAAAAAGCCCCGAAGCUCCCUGGGUAUGCAUAUGCUGGAGUCUGUGCAGGUUUUUCAUGCCCUGGGGAAGAAGAGUGAUAAGAAAACUGAACUCUCUUCCUCCCGGGCCCUGGGACACUCAAGCAACCCCAAAGGCCCCCAGCCAUCCCUAGCUAUCAGACAAUGGCUGGAUACCCCUCGUGAGGGCAAAGGUCCUGAGAAAGCUCCAGUCAAACGCCAGAAACCAGAUGGCAGUGCUGAAAAGGAGUGUUCAUCUCCAUCUGAAUACGAGCUGCCACCGCCUAGGAAGGUCAAGUUGGUACCUUUGAUUUUUCCAACUUUGGACAAGCCCCAAGCUCGACCUGUUCCUCGCAGGCCACUGUCUCUGGCAUCACGUCGGCCCGCUGGGGCUAACCAGCCAAGUUCUAAGUCAGUUCAACCUAUUACAGUCAAUUCAUCCCAGCCAAGUCCUGCAUCUUUGAAAGGUCCUGCCAGAUCAGCUCUGCCAACUUCAACCAACCCUGCUAGUCCUGGUUCUAUGUCGGCUCAACCUACUGCACUCAAUUCAUCCCCACCAAUACAGCAUCUAUGACAGGUCCUGCCAGACCAGCGUGCCAAAAUUCGACCAACCCAGCCAGACUAGGUUGGACCAACCCUAUCCAGCCUAGUGUCC